AGUGUUUUUGUCCGUGACGUCAGUGUCAGCUGGUCAAUGUUUACAUGUAGCAUUGUACCCACUUGCAUUGAAUGUUUAUGGGUAGGAAAUCUAAGGAAAAGAAAAGCUAGAAGGUGAUCCCCACGCACACUGUCUAGCCUACUCAACGUUGGCAAAGCGUCAACGCAUAAGAUACCCUUUUCCCAGACACACAAUGGGGGGUGCUGUGAGCGCUGGGGAGGACAACGAUGAGCUGAUCGACAACCUGAAGGAGGCCCAGUACAUCCGCUCGGAGCUGGUGGAGGAGGCCUUCCGGGCUAUCGACCGCGCUGACUACUACCUGGAGGAGUUCCGUGAUAGUGCCUACAAGGACCUGGCCUGGAGGCACGGGAACAUCCACCUCUCGGCGCCCUGCAUCUACUCGGAGGUGAUGGAGGCCCUGGACCUGCAGCCGGGCCUGUCCUUCCUUAACCUGGGCAGCGGCACGGGCUACCUGAGCACCAUGGUGGGACUCAUCCUAGGUCCAUUUGGAGUGAACCACGGGGUGGAACUGCAUUCAGAUGUGAUUGAGUACGCCUAUCAGAAACUUGAGUUCUUCAUUAAAACUAGUGACAGCUUUGACAGGUUUGAGUUUUGCGAGCCCUCGUUUGUGGUGGGGAAUUGUCUGGAGAUCGCACCUGAGUCCCGGCAGUAUGACAGAGUUUACUGUGGAGCCGGAGUGCAGAAGGAGCACGAGGACUACAUGAAGAACCUGCUCAAAGUGGGAGGGAUCCUGGUGCUGCCCCUGGAGGAAAAGCUAACCAAGAUCACCAGGACGGGCUACAACUCUUGGGAUACUAAGAAGAUUAUUGCUGUGUCUUUCGCCCCACUUGUGCUGCCUAAACACAACCAAAAUGGCAAACCCAGGGCAGUGCCUUUACCCCCCAUGUUUGAGGUGCGCAGCCUGCAGGACCUGUCCCGCAUCACCAUCCGCCACCUCCUGAAGAAGAGCCUCUCAGGGACGUGGCCCCCACCGCGCCGUGUGGGCGGUGGUAGGGCGGGCUCCCGGCACAAACGCCGGCGCGACCACCGCGACGCUACCUCGCUGCUCACCAACCGCUACGUCUUCAUGACCCGCCUCAUCCCCGGCCCCAUGGACGACAACAACAACCAGUCGGGGAGCGACGAGGUCGAAGACGACGAAGACGAAGACGAGGAGGGCGACGAGAACAUCUGCCGGGCCGUGUGCGAGCGCAUUCAGAACAACGAGGAGGCAGCAGCGACGUUGGAGGAGGAGGAAGAGGAAGAGGAGGACGAGGUCGGGAGGAGGGAGGGCAGCGUCCUUCUCAUGGAGACUCAGGUGAACCCGCUGAGAGAGAAGAUCCUCAGCCUGCCCCUGCCCGAGCCACUGAAGAUGUACCUGCUCCACUACAGAGAGAAGUAGAACAGCAAGGGUUGGAACGAUAAAGAAAAACCUCCUCUCCUCGCAUCCCAUACCCCACCCCUCUUCCCAUUCCCCCUGAUGGUGCCUGGAAACUACGCUAGCCGUUCUUGAAGUGUCCCCUCCUACCCACCCUCUCUCUCACGCUUGGAGGAGAUGUGACUCUUUUCAGACUUACUGAAUGAGAAGCAGGCAGUCGACUGGACUGCAUCUUCAUCCAGUGCAUCUCUGAGGAAAUCAUCUGAUUAUUAACCGUUAUGGAGUGGCCUUGGUGGUGGGGGGGUAUAAGCGUGAAAGACGAUGCUGAAUUAAGUAUUUACAUCUCUUCGUAAUUAUUUUUGAGUCAGAAAAUAACGUUUGAAGUGCACCACUCCGUAGUCCCUUCAAACUGGUUGGAAUCCACACAGUUAUGAUAUAGAUAUACUGUAUAGUCACACCGCAAAAUACCAAGUAACAAGCCUAUCAGGACUAUACACGUCUCUGCUAAUAACUCCCCAACUCAUUGCAGCUGAGAGAACAUCAAGGAGAAGACAAGAUUACACUGGACAGUGAACAUGUCAUGUUGUCUAUUAAAGAACUUCUGUCCUGUUGCAACGAGUCACCUCUUAUCCCAAGCUAUGUGGAAAGGCUAUGUGGACUAUCUACUACGGUGUCCAACACCAUUCCCUCUUGAUUGCUAGGGGGACCCCGAAGAGGUUUGACUGUUUUGAAUGAACUACAACUCUUACAUUUUUCAAUCUGGAGCAGCAAAACAAAUCCAAAUCUGUGUUAUAAUCUUGAAUAGCCUGAAGUAAACGGUGGUUGGAACUUAUUAUCUGUGCCCCUUUUCAGUGGGUAAAUGCUUUGUAUGAAGGCAGUCAUAUCUGGAACAUCCUCUAUGAUAUUCGGCAUGUAGAACAGGGUCUUUGCAGUUUGUCUUUGUAUGAGGAUGGGAUGAAAUCAGGGUGUCCAAUCAACUACUUAUAACUUAAACCUUGAUAAAACUUAUGUCUUUGUUCUAGUGUAAUUUGUUGAGUAUGAUCAAAUAUUGCAGAUAACAGCUGUGGAAAGGUACAAUACAACUCUAAACUAUUUACAAUUAGGGUGUUAUUUCAUCUGACCUUCUAAAGAGUAGCAGCAUCACUUGGCAUCUGCAAACAUCCGCAAACAUUUGUAAACCUGUGAAAGCUUUUUGUUGUACCCUCUACAAACAUUUUUCUAAUUUUCCACUUUUAAAGGCGAGACCUUUACCUCCAUAUUGCUCUGUAGUAUUUUGUUCAGGGGUCCUUGUCCCAUAUAAAAGAAAAGAGGGGGAAAAGCAUGGCUGGCUGAAAUCACUUCAUAUCAUUCUGAUACCUCAGCAGCCAAGAUUACAGAGCAAAGCCAGGGGGAUUUGUGCUUAAACCGAAGUUGGUAGCAAUGAUGCACUUUUAACACAGCAGUGAGGUCAUGUACAGACGACCCCCUCCCCCCCUUUACUCUUUUGGUGCAAUCCUCUUUAAAUUCGUAUCUGUGCCAAAACGUAGCCAGCACUAGAGGACUCAAACGAUGCAUUGUGAUGUCAUUCUGUAACCAUGUAUUUGAAGAUUGUCAACUCUGUCUCUUAAGAUCUUUACGGUACGGCAGGGUUGUCAAGGGUGUACUGACGAAGAGGGCAAAAAACAAAAAAAUAUAUGGGGAUGAGCUGUACUCUAGUGCUGUUGAUGUCAAAUAAACUUUGAAGUGAAAUUAAA